UUCUUCUACUCACUGGUAGAGUACUCCUCUUCUAAGAAAGUGUGUUAAUAUAUGUAACAUUAAUCCAGUAUGGUCUUAUAAAUUUGUAUACAGAAACUGUAAUAAAGCUGCAGAUGCCUAAACCAACUCGUAAACUUAAUCUGUGUGGGGAUUGGUGGUUUCAACCACCUGAACAGAUAAAUCCUUAUAUAAGUUAUGAUGUAUCAAGGGUGUUUGUUUAAUAUAUGUUUGCUUCUGUGUUAAAAAAAAAGAAGAAAAAAGCAGAGACACAAACAAAAAUGGCGCUAAACCUCUUCUUAUCCCCUUCACCCCCCUUUUUCACUUCAAACCCUAAAUCUAAUCCUCCAUUUUCAUUCUCAUCAUUCCCUUACUCCAAUCUUCAUCUGUUCCAAUCUCAUCAUUUUCAUCAAGUCUCUCUACUCUCUCAAUCUCAAAACCCUAUAUUCCUUCCCUAUCUUCAAGAACAGGAACAAGAAGAAGAGAAGCAACUAAAAUUAAACCUAAUAGAAGAAGAGAAAUUACUUAAGAAGAAAAAAUUAGAAGAAAUUGAAUCAUUAGAAGACCCAAUUGAGAGAUUUUUUAAAACUAGAGCUGAAUUUGAUUCUGAAGAUCCUCAUAAUGAAGGUAGAAUCAAUUUACAAAAGAAUCGUCGGUCAGCGUGGCACUUAGCUGAUAUUAAAUCCAUGGAUACCAUUGAAAAGGAAGAACUCCCCGAAGAAGAAGUGGUGGAUUUUGAUGAUGAAUUGACUUUGGAUUCUGGGGGCACCAGCGACGCUGGAAGUGGUGGAGGGAUUGUGGAAGAAAUACUUGAACUUGCGAGAAAUGUACCGGAGAAUAUGACACUAGGUGAGGUAUUAGCUUCUUCGGCUUCUAGUUAUGGAGGGAAGAUUGGAGAAACUGAAUGUAUUGAGAUUUUGAGUUUAAUGGGAAAAGAAGGUCUUGUUAUUAGUUGUUUGUAUUUUUUUGAAUGGAUGGGAGUUCAGGAAGUGUCGCUUGUUUCACCUAACGCAUAUAAUGUAAUGUUUGGUAUUUUGGGUUUGGCUAGGAAAGGGGAGAAGUUGAUGAUACUGUUUAGGAAUUUGCCAUCUACCAAGGAAUUCAAGGAUUUACGCGUUUAUAACUCGGCAAUGUCUGGAUUGUCAUGUUGUGGGAGGUAUGAUGAUGCUUGGAAAGUUUUCGAAGAAAUGGAAAUAGCUAACAUCCAGCCAGAUCAUGUGACAUGCUCGAUUUUAAUAACGGUUAUGAGGAGAAGUGGACGUAGUGCCAAAGACGCGUGGGAGUUUUUUGAGAAAAUGAACAGAAAAGGAGUUAAGUGUAGUCUAGAAGUUUUAGGUGCUAUUAUAAAAUCUUUCUGCGAUGAGGGGCUGAAAAAGGAGGCCCUUAUUAUUCAGUCAGAUAUGGAGAAAAGAGGCAUUUCAUCUAAUGCCAUCAUAUAUAACACCUUGAUGAAUGCUUAUGCUAAAAGUAACCAGAUUGAAGAAGCAGAAGGUCUUUACACAGAGAUGAAAGCCCGGGGAAUUCAACCUACCUCCGCUACCUAUAACAUACUAAUGGAUGCAUACAGCAGAAGAAUGCAGCCUGAUAUCGUUGAAGAUUUGCUUCUAGAGAUGCAGAAUUUGGGAUUGGAACCAAAUGUCAAGUCAUAUACCUGUCUUAUAAGUGCUUAUGGGAGGCAGAAGAAAAUGAGUGACAAAGCUGCGGAUGCUUUUUUGAGGAUGAAAAAGGUCAGGAUACAACCAUCUUCACAUUCGUAUACUGCCCUAAUCCAUGCAUACUCAGUUGAUGGAUGGCAUGAGAAGGCGUAUGCUGCGUUUGAGAACAUGAAAAGGGAAGCAAUAAAACCCUCGAUAGAAACAUAUACUGCACUUCUUGAUGCAUUUAGGCGGGCAGGUGAUACUGAAACACUUAUGAAAGUUUGGUACUUGAUGAGAAGUGAUAAAGUCGAAGGGACACGUGUUACGUUCAACAUUCUCGUUGACGGAUUUGCAAAACAAGGUCUCUAUGCUCAAGCAAGAGAUGUGGUCUCUGAGUUUGGAAAAAUUGGUCAUCAGCCAACUGUGAUGACAUAUAAUAUGCUGAUGAAUGCUUAUGCACGAGGAGGGCAACACUCAAAGCUGCCACAGCUUUUGAAAGAGAUGGCUGCUCUCAAUCUGCAACCUGAUUCUGUCACAUAUUCUACGAUGGUAUAUGCCUAUGUACGUGUCCGUGAUUUCAGAAGGGCCUUUUAUUAUCACAAGCAGAUGGUGCAAAGCAAACAAGUGCCUGAUCCAAGAUCCUAUCAGAAGCUGAGGUCGAUUUUGGAUGUCAAAGCUGCAACGAAGAAUAAGAAGGACAGAAGUGCCAUAUUGGGCAUUGUUAACAGUAAAAUGGGCUUGCAGAAACCUAGGAAAAGUAAGAAAGACGAGUUCUGGAAGAACAAGAAAAGAUGAUUGGCCACAGACAGUUCCUUUUUUUACUACCGGAAUUGGAUUAUGGUUCUCUUGUCUUCCUUACUUAUGUCACUACAGCUUUAGGCCACGAGCAAACUAUCCUGGUGCAUUUUUGUUUUCUGAAUGAUCGUUAAAUUGCACUGGCAUGUAAGGUACAAGGCUCUUCAUCAUCACUGGGUCAAUCCUCAGUUUGUGAUUGAAUUAUCUGCAGAUCUGGUCAUGUCAGGUUGCCUAAUGGCACCACCAGAUUUUGCAGGCUGGUUGAAAGAUAUAAACAACAACACCAAAAAUUACAUGAUAUCACGACAUUGACAAGUCUACCUGCUCGGUAAAGUCAUCUGAAACGUUUUGCUUCUAUGCGGAUGUAGUCAGUAGUCGUUAACAGAAGUAUUCGCAUUUCAGGUGUAAUCAUCAGUGGAUUGUUUUGUUUAACAUUCUCAAUCUUUAUACUAAUGUAAUAGUAGAAUUAGGAGAUAAACUAUAGUAUUGAGCUUUCAGAUUACCAAACUAAGACAAUUUCUUUGGUUUUUGUAUUCCAUGAAUCAGCUUGUAAUAUGUGGUGUCCAUGUAACAGUAUAUCCUUAAAAUACACCUUACAUUA